AUGGAUGGUUGUGGGGAAGGCAGAGGGACCAACAGACUGAUGGUGGAAAAGCUAUCCUUGUCCUGUGAUAGACUGCUAUCUCACCUGCAGCUGGCCUGCUGUCCCUCUCACUGUGCCUCACCACUACAAGGCAAGGACCUGUUGAUACACUGUCUCCUGGACCCAGAGCUGAAGCAGGCCCUGCGACUGACUGGUCACCAUGGAGACAUCUCUGCCAUGGUAUUUGGGACAGGUAGAGACCCUCUCCUGCUCUGCUCUGCCUCUGCAGAUUAUGUCAUAGUCUGGGACAUCCGGCGCUGCUACAGGAGAACUAGGGAGGGGGUAGUUGCGUCUGGUACAGUUAUUGGGACACUACUGGGCAAGGUAGUCCAUCUGUCAUUUUGUCCCUGUGAUGAGCGAGUGGCUGCAUGCUCAGGGGCGAAAGUAUACAUACUCAACGCCAAUAUAGAGGAAGUGUUGUCCGUGCUGGCUGGCCACCUGGGACCUUUGACAGCAGCUGAGUUCUGUCCAUGGAACAAAGACAUCCUGGUGUCCAUAUCAGAAGACCGCACAUUUAAGGUUUGGGGAUUAAAAAUGGAACAGAUUCUCUAUCAGUCUGCUGUAUUGUCAGCAUCUCCACUACUCAGUAUGUUGUUCUUGGAGAAGAGCAGGCAGCUUGUCACUGGUUCUGCUGAUGGACAGGUGUGGAGCUUCAAUCUUCCUGAGGACCACAGAUGUCAUUUGGUGACCAAAUUGGACCUUCACAAGGUGCAACAACGACACCAAAGACACCUGGACACAGUGGCCCCACAGAUUGGUGGUAUACUAGACCACCCCAACUUGAGCAUCACCAUGGCUGGAUCAUGGGCCAUGUCCCAAGGACUGGAUAACAGCAUGAUCUUUGUGGUGACCUCUCUAUUUGAGGCCCUGGUGUCUGUAUUGGAGGUGAGACUGCUGGGGUCAGGGUCCGUGGACAACCUCUGUCAGCACCUAGAGGGGCUCUCCGUCAUGCCCAGUGCCCCUCUGAUGCCUGAAUCUCCUCUCAAUGCUGAGUUGAAAAAGAAGGGUCCUAAACCUCCCACAAAAACAGGGAAACGUGGUGUGAAGGAGCAGCCUCUAGUUUUCCACACACAGGUCAAGUCAUCAGGAUACACACAAUCUCCCCGAAUGACAAUGUUCUCACCCAAGACUAGUGUUCAGAAGAAGACCCCAGGACCUACAAAGACCAACAAGAAGAUAGGAUGUCUCGUUAGUGAUUACCCAGGAGACACUGCAGCACCCAGUGUCCCACACACUAACCUCAGCACAGUCAAAACCCCUACACCAGUUUGCUGUACCCAAUACUCAGGAGAUGGAAAGCAGAUUCUGUGUGGUCUGGGAGACAGAUCUGUAUUGUUGUACAAGUCCUCCCUCACUGGCACUCCAGCUGUUUACACAGGUCAUGACAAGGCAGUGAGCAGUGUGGCCUGGAGUCACAGCAGACAGUGGUGGCUGAGUGCCUCAGAAGACAGGACCCUCCGCAUCUGGCCCACUGGAAGUCCUGAGCCUGCCGUUACCAUGGGGGGUGAUGAGAAGUUCUCAAAAACCAUCCGGGGGGCUCAGUUCUACUACCUGGAUAAGUUCCUGUUACUGGCAUCUGGUCCCUCCCUACACCUCUACCUGUAUCACCUGGACAACACACAGGACGACAUUAAAAGGUACCAGCAGAGGAGUGCCAUCAAACUGACAAGAUGUUUAGAGACAAAGUCAGGAACAGACAUCACUGCUGUGUCAGUCAUCAAUGACUUCUACUCCUACAUAGUGCUGGUGAGUGGUGCUGACCGCUCCAUCCAGGUGUUGGACAUGAACACAGGGACAGUGGCCUCACAGCUCCCUGAUGCCCACAGCAGAGCUGUCCAUCACAUCACACAGAACAAGGGCUCUAUGUUCAGUAGCCAGACUCCAGACUCCUACAACCUCUUCCUGACCAGUGCAGUGACCGACGGAGUUAAGCUGUGGGACCUGAGGACACUCAGGUGUGUGCGGCGGUAUGAGAACCACUUGAAUCGCUGUCAUCCCUGCACCGCAGCCUUUUCACCCUGUGGACGAUUCAUUGCUUCUGGCUCUGAAGACAACUGUGCCUAUGUGUAUGACAUCCGCAACAGCAGCUACCUCCACAAGCUCGAGAGACACUCCGACACCAUCCUCAACGUGACCUUUAACCCUGCUACACCCGAGCUGCUGACCGGGACUCUGGACGGGAGGCUGAGUCUGUUCCGCCCUGGCAACGCCGCCAUCAGGGUCGCCCUGUCAUGA